CCGCAAUCUCCAGUGAGCUUUCAGGCAGCUUGAAUUCCAAUCAUCACCCUUUCCUUCUUUGUAAAGACAGCGGCCGUUCAUCAUGACAGUCAUUGGACACCCGUACAAACUAUGCCAAUCGUCGGUGCAGAAGUUGGAGGCCUGGUGCUAGCCUCACAUCUCAGUGAAUAUUCUAAUAUCAAUGACUUCGUCAUCGAAGCAGGGUCCGAUUAUAUACGAGAUCCGCUAGUCGGGGCCCCGGGCUUCCUAGGCGCCAUGAUUGCGAAUCCGGAUUUCAAUCGGGACUAUUUGACCGAGCCACAGGUUCAUGCAACAAUCUUCAAAUGGGUCAGCCCCGGGGCCGGAUGGUUGGUAGUCCUGCGGUCUUGAACUUCUGGGUGCUCGUGUACCCUUGCGCGCGAACCUGGAGGCGUGGGUAUCCCUAGGCAAUGUUUGUGAAGGCGAGAUGCCAUGGCACGAUAUCUACGUAAGAUACACACAUACACGCCCCUGAACGAGACAACUAAGGCGUUACUUCCUACAGACAAUUACAUGAAGGCUGAGAAUCAGGGCAGCUAGGGCCCGGUCCCCAUUGCCUACCUUGAUGUCUAUUUCCCGUCCAAUAAGGCAUGGAAGGAAACAUUCGCCCGCCUGCGCUGGGGCACUCACGCAGACCCGGUCGCAGGGCAUAAUGUUGUCCCUUUCACGCCGCCGCUAUGAGUCAACGUGAAGACUGGCCAAUGGGGUUAUGUUGGGGCUUACUACAGCCAGUAUGUGGCACAGCGCACAAACCUGCAUCUGUUCGCUGAAACCAUGGUGGAGCGCAUGGUCUUGUUGAGGAAAGCCGAUGAUGGCUAGGCGACGGCCACUUGGAUUAAAAUCGGGACCGACGACG